UAGUGUUAGCAUAAGGUCUGGACAAACAAUAACAAGAUCGUUGAAUACAAUACGGUACAGAGUGCACCUCGUGGAAGUUAAUAUUUUUUGUUCAAAUAUUAAUUAUUAACAAUGUGGUGCAAGUAUUGAAUUUUUAGUAAUAAGAAAGCAGUCAGUGAAUAUAUAAUCAAGAUUAUUUAGGUUUCGUUGCUUAAUAAAAGUUAUUAACAAUAUGAACCCUCCUCAUUCUCCACACUCAGCUUGGUUAGAUCUUUCUCAAAAUCAAAUGGAACAUACUACGCUUGAAGAUAUAUAUAACAGUCAUCAGAGUACGUCAAUGGAGUUUUCUACUGAAGAAAGUUUAGACGACUCAGAAUAUCCUGAACUCGGUCAGAAGAAAAUGAUGACCAAGGUUACACCACCGGAUCCAUUUGUUUCUCAUUAUAAAUCUGUUAGAGAACAUACGAUAUCCUAUGCUAAGAAUAAAGAGAAAAGAUCUAUAGAAGAAGAAUAUAGACAUAGGAUGGAUAUGGAGAAGGAAUUUCUCGACUUUAAACAACGUCUGAAAAUCACUGAACGCCUCUUUAUGAAAAGAAUACAAUCGCAUACAGUAAAAGACGUUAACAAAGCAAGCUUGAGUCAAAGUAACAGAAAUAAAUCUAAUGAAAUGGAUAUCCCACUUAGAAAAAAUAGAUUUUGUGAUGCAAUGUUUAAAAAAGCGUCGAGAGUAAAGAAAAUGAUAGAAUAUAAACAUAAGCUGUUGAUAAGUUGUAAAGACGAUGAUCAUUUCAAUGUCGAACCAUUUUUAGAAUUAUAUUCUAUCAUUAAUUUUUUUGAAAUGAGCGGAAUGCGUCAGUUGCUGAAAUAUAUUCCAGAAGAUACUGUACAGAACUGUCCAGAUGUGACUCAAAAGUUAGAUGAGUUGAAGAUUUCGGAUGUUCAAGAUAAGAAUGCUUGUAUCUCUCCUUAUAGAAAUUCAGUUGCCGAUCUAAAUGAUUUAAAUGUUUCAUUAAAUUCAAAGUUGUCUCUUACCGAUGAGAAUAAUGUAGAUAUUAAACCAAACAUUAAUCAUUUGUGUGACGUUAAAUAUUCCACAAAUUUUAGAGAAUAUUGUAAUAAUUUAGUAACGUUAUCUCUUAACGAAUCCUUGGAUAAAUUUUUAUCCGAAAUUCGAAGACUACAAAGUAAACUUUAUGGUAGAGAUAAAAAUAAAGGCAAGUAUAAACGUCGUUAUUAUUCAGGCUUAAAGGAGGUACAAAAACACGUUAUUUUGAAAAAAGUACGAUUCGUCGUGAUAGCACCGGAUAUUGAAAAGAUUAUGUCAGCAGGUGGUUUAAACGAAGAAGUUGACAAGUUAUUAGAAAUGUGCAGAAAGAAUAAAACAGUUUAUUGCUUUGGUUUGCGUAGACGGAAACUUGGCUAUUAUGCGCAUGGUAAUGGAUUCGUAAGCUGCAUAGGAAUCUCUAAUUACGCUAAUGCCGAGAAACUCUUUUGGAAUGUUCUCAUUGAAGUAGUAGAAGCGCGAAACGCGUUUGAAAAAUUACAUGGAAAGUCGAAGGAAAUGGUCGACGUGUCCAAGUUAACUGAAGAAAAUGGUCUUUUGAUGGACAACAUUGAAGUUGUGUUAAAAAGCUUAACGUCGAUAAAUUAAGUUCUUCGAAUCGAGUAACAUGAUCUUGUAGUUUGAUAAGGAUCCUAAUAUUCAAUCUACGACAAAAACAAAGGAUAGCUACUAAAAUCAUGAGAGAACGGGGCCAGAGACCCAAGCAGAUCAGACCCAUUGCUAGAGAACGAGUAACACGAAAGGGGAUAUAAUAGCUGUAUAUAUUAAAUAGAAAACGUGUGCAUGUGCAGGUUGUACAUAUAUAUAUAUAUAUGUUG